AUGGACACGCAGCAGCUUGAGUCCACUCCCAGGACCACACGUGUUUUCGGGCGGGCUGCCACAAUGAUCCCUCUGCUGGUUCCGGCCUCUUCAACCCCCCCCGGCCCCCGGCCCCCGGCUCGCUCGCUCUCUCGGCCCCGGUCCCGCUCGCUCGCUCGCUCACGGGAGGACUGCGACCGGGCCCGCUUCCCGGCUCGCCUGCUGCAGGCCGAGUGCCUCUGCCCGCACUGCGUCUCGCUGGCCCCCCCGCACCACCGGGACCUGCGCGGCAACUCGGUGCAGGUCACCGCCAACACCACGGUCUAUUACCGGCGGCCCUGCCCCGGCCGGCCCGGCGCCUACUUCCUGCAGCCCCGGCCCUACCCCGUGGCUGUGGCCUGCGUCUGCGUCGUGCCCCAGCUGUGA